AUGGUUUCACCCGCGCGCGCCGAGCCGCCCUUCCCCGUGGAGAGCCUCCCGGACGACGUUCUCGCGCUCGUCUUCCGCUCGCUCGCGCAGACCUCCUUCCGCCACGCUCUCGUUUCCAAGCGCUGGCUCCGCCUCGCCACGUCCGCGCUCUCCCACUUGACCAUUCGGCAUCGGGAGUUGUCGACGCAAGAAAUACGCGAUUCCGAGCACUCCCGCAACGCGCAGCUCGCGUGGCUCUCGCUUCCGCGCCUUCUUUCCGCGCUGCGACGCUUCCCCACCCUCACGCACGUGUCGCUGAGCGAAUAUUCCAUCGUAUCCGCCGACGGCGACGCGCUCUUCCAAUGUCUGGCCGCCACGUGUCCGUUCCUGAGCCAUCUAACGGUGGAGCAUAAGUUUCGCAUGGCGGUUACUGUAGACGGCCUCGAGUCGCUCUUCCGUGGAUGCCGCAAGCUAAGGGAACUCCGGCUCCUCACCACCGACAGCCUCCCGCAUCUCCCGCCGUCCCUUUCGCUCCUCACGGAUCUCCAAACCCUCCACGUGUGCGCUCAUCCUCGCUAUGGCGAUGACUCGUUUCAGGAGCUCGUUUCGCUGCCCGAGAGCAUCGGCGCGCUGCAGCAGCUGCGGGAGUUGCGGAUCCGCGCGGGAGCGAGCUUCCAGAGACUGGGGGAGUGCGUUGGCCUCCUGACGAACCUCCGCAAGCUGAGUCCUGCCCGAGAGCCUGGCCUGGCUGAAAAAGUCAUUAUUGGUGCACUCUUUUCCGUGAUGGAAGUGAUCUCCCUGCCAUUGCUCACGGUGCGGGAGCUGAUAGAAUCCUCCUCUGCUGCCACGCACGCUUCUGCUGGUGCUGAAAGCGGCAGUCCUGUCGCCGCAGCUUUUCCACUGCUGCUAGUUGUGGUGGUGCUGCUGAUGCCUCUGCUGCCCAGUGCGUGGCUCUAUCCUGCCAUGCUGCUCGCUGCUGCGCUGCUGCUGGUGAUCCUUGUACCUAUCCGUGCCUUUGAUGUUGCAUCAAAUGGCACGGAACAACACCCGGGCCUAUUUUCCCUCACCAUAUUAAAGGUUUCAGACUGCCCGCUUAUCUCCUCCCUCCCGAAAAACUUCUCCUUCCCUGCCCUGCACACGCUCACCCUGCAUUCUCUCGGCGUUCCGAAAGAUCUCCUGGACUUAUCCAGCAGGCAGCUGCCGCAACUGCAGCGGCUGGUGCUGGAGAGGAUGGGUGCUGAGGCUGACCCAUGGCUGUUUGACCGCAUUCCUGGUGUGCGGUCGGGGAGAAUGCGGCUUUUUCUGCAUGUGAAAGCUCUGUUUGUGCUUCUUCACGUGGUGGAUUUAUUGCUGCAGCUUGUUGUGUUGCUGAUGAGGGCGGGUUGUUCGUGA